AUGCGCUUCUUCGAGACCAUUCUUUCCGCCGCGGCCUUCGCUGCCGCUGUCGCUGCCCUUGAGAUCAACCAAUUCCCUGCUGAGGGCGUUGUUGCUGGCCAGACCUACACCAUCACCUACUCCCCUGCGGACGACACCCCAACUACCUUCAUCCUCCGCCAGGGAAAGUCCACCGACCUUGACACUAUCGGCACUCUCACCACUACCGCAACCGGUGGAAAGUUUGAGUGGACCCCCGACACUUCCCUCCCCAACGAGGCCGACUACGCUCUCCAGAUCCAGCAGGGAACCACCAUCAACUACUCCGCUCAGUUCCCUCUCACUGGUGGCUCUGAUGAGGAAGACAGCCCUGCCUCCUCGGCUAUCUCCUCUGCUUCGUCCGCUGCCUCAUCUGCUGCCUCAUCCGCCUCUGCUGCCAUCAGCAGUGCCGUCGAGAGCGCCAAGUCCAGCAUGAUCACCAGCGCCGCGACCACCGCAUCUGCUUCCGCUUCCAUCAGCCCCUCUGCUGGUGUCAACUCCACUGUCUCCACUGCUACCCUCUCUCGCUCCGCCUCCGGCUCUGCCACUGGCAGCGCUAGCCUCCCUGAGGUUACCGACUCUGGUGCCAACCUCAUCGGCAGCCCCAUCGCUGCCAUGUUCGGUGCCGCCGCUGCUUUUGCCUACUUCGCCUAA